AUGAUGACUCCUCCUCUGGAACCUUCCUCGCCUGUGGACGGUGGUAUUCGCAAGCGGGUGUGUAAAGCCUGUGAUCGCUGCCGGUUAAAGAAGUCGAAGUGUGACGGCGCAAGCCCUUGCAGUCGGUGCAAAGCAGACAACGCCAUCUGUGUUUUCGGCGAGCGCAAAAAGUCGCAUGACAAGGUCUAUCCCAAAGGCUACGUGGAAAUGCUCGAGAGCCAGCAAGCGCAGCUCGUAUGCGGUCUGCAAGAACUCUACAGGCGGACACUGAACGGCCAGGGCUGGAGCGGGCCACCCUUACAAGACGGCGCGAACGGUGUUCCUCUGACUCACGACAUUCUGGAGAGACUGGGAGCUCUGAAGCACGAUGGACAUGCCAGUGAUGCCUUCGAAGAAGACUUCAAUGUCUUGCAACAGAAACUGAUCGCCGACGGUGCUGGCUUCAUGCAGCGACAGCCCUCGCACGACUCGCAUUCGGACAGCAGUGCGCCCUCACCUAUCUAUGAACCAGUCGCACAGCGGCCGAAUUUCACCAAUCCCUUCAACCUCAACCAGUAUCCUCCGACUCCUCCUAAUCAAAGUCCUUUCCCUCAGCACGCGCGCGUCAUUCCCACGAAAUCGCACUGCUAUCCCCACGCUCAGUCGAAUUUGAGCUGGAGUACCCCUGUUUCGGAGUUUGAUGACAGCAUGGAUUUUAUCAAUCAGUUCGAGUCGCCCAUGAUGGAGUCGAACAUGGACAUGAGCUCAUUUCCGCCAACAAUGUUCCCGGAACAUAUUGUACCUGCUGCAAUCAACCCCUGCCUAACGAUGAAAGACUGGGCCGGGCAGGAAGAUCUGCAACGGUACUUUAACUCAAACAUGAUCUCAUAG